AAUAAAAUACGCUCAACUGGAGGUAAACGACAAUUCAUAUCUAAGAAGCUGUCCAGCAUGGAGGUGGAAACAGAUGUGUUAGCUGCAGUUUCAUCUACUGUAGAUAUACAGUCAAAUGAAUUAACAGAGUUUUCAUCUUCUGAAGAUUUGAAACCAGAUCUAUCAACCAUCGUAUUAUCAUCUUCUGAAGACAUAAAAACAGAAUUAUCAACAUUUUUGAAUUCCCAGGAUAUAAAACCUGACAUGACAUUUAAAACCACUCAAGAUGUUAAACCUGAUGUUACACCAGACUUUUCUUCUUCUGCUGACAUCAAAACAGAAUUAUUGACAUUUAAUAAUUUCCAGGAUAUAAAACCUAACAUGUCAUUUAACACUUUUCAAGAUGUUAAACCUGAUGUUAAUUCAGAAUUUUCUUCUUCUAAUGACAUAAAACCAGAAUUAUCAUUUUUUAAUGUUCAGGAUAUAAAACCUAACAUGUCAUUUAAAACUUCUCAAGAUGUAAAAGCAGUAUUUACAACAUCUGAAAAUUUAAAACCAGAAUUAUCACCUACUGAAAAUUUAAAACAAGAUUUCACAACAGAAUUUUUAUUUUUUGAGGAUAAACAAGAAAAUAGGCUUGAAGAAAAUCUACAAUUGUCUAGGGACAAUGAAAAUAAGAUUGUUUAUUAUCAUCACACUUUUUCUCUAAGUUCUAUUAUUAAUAUGAAUAAAUAUGUUCAUUCUGAAGAUAAGCCAUAUGAAUGUGAUGUUUGUCAUAAAAGGUUUUCUCAAAGUUCUUACUUAAAUCAACAUAAACAGAUUCAUUCAGUAGAAAAGGCACAUGAAUGUGAUGUUUGUCAUAAAAUCUUUGCAGAUAAGAAUGGUCUAUUGCGACAUAAAAUUGUUCAUUCUCCAUAUGAAUGUAAUAUUUGUCUGAAAAGAUAUUUAUAUAGUUCUAAGUUAAGAGAACAUAGAAAAGUUCAUUCAGGUUAUAAACCCUAUGAAUGUGAUGUUUGUCAUAAAUGGUUUUCUCAAAGUCAUCAUUUAAGAGAACAUAAAAUGGUUCAUUCAGGAGAAAGGCCACAUGAAUGUGAUGUUUGUCAUAAAAGGUUUCUUAGAAAUUCUGAACUAAAAAUGCAUAAAAAUAUUCAUUCUGGAGAGAAACCAUAUGAAUGUGAUGUUUGUCAUAAAAGAUUUUCUACUAGUUCAAACUUAAGAUCACAUAACAAAGUUCAUUCAGGAGAUAAACCAUAUGAAUGUGAUGUUUGUCAUAAAUGGUUUUCUCAAAGUCAUCAUUUAAGAGAACAUAAAAUGGUUCAUUCAGGAGAAAGGCCACAUGAAUGUGAUGUUUGUCAUAAAAGGUUUCUUAGAAAUUCUGAACUAAAAAUGCAUAAAAAUGUUCAUUCUGGAGAAAGGCCAUAUGAAUGUGAUGUUUGUCAUAAAAGAUUUUCUCAAAGUUCUCAUUUAAGAGAACAUAAAAAAGUUCAUUCAGGAGAUAAACCAUAUGAAUGUGAUGUUUGUCAUAAAAAGUUUUCUAGAAAUUCUGAGUUAAAAAUGCAUAAAAAUGUUCAUUCUGGAGAAAAACCAUAUGAAUGUGAUGUUUGUCAUAAAAGAUUUUCUCAAAGUUCUCAUUUAAGAGAACAUAAAAAAGUUCAUUCAGGAGAUAAACCAUAUGAAUGUGAUGUUUGUCAUAAAAAGUUUUCUAGAAAUUCUGAGUUAAAAAUGCAUAAAAAUGUUCAUUCUGGAGAAAAACCAUAUGAAUGUGAUGUUUGUCAUAAAAGGUUUUCUCAAAGUCCUAGUUUAAGUAAACACAAAAAUGUUCAUUCUGGAGAUAAACCAUAUGAAUGUGAUGUUUGUCAUAAAAAGUUUUCUAGAAAUUCUGAAUUAAAAAUGCAUAAAAAUGUUCAUUCUGGAGAAAAACCAUAUGAAUGUGAUGUUUGUCAUAAAAGGUUUUCUCAAAUUCCUAGUUUAAGUAAACACAAAAAUGUUCAUUCUGGAGAUAAACCAUAUGAAUGUGAUGUUUGUCAUAAAAGGUUUACUCGAAGUUCUAACUUAAGUAAACACAAAAAUGUUCAUUCAGGAGAAAAGGCGUAUAAUUGUGAUGUUUGUCAUAAAACCUUUGCAAAUAAGAAUAAUCUAUUACAGCAUAAAAAAGUUCAUUCAUUAGAAAGGUCACAUGAAUGUGAUGUUUAUCAUUAAAAAUUUGUGGAUAUGAAGAAUCUCUUACGACAUAAAAAACUUCAUUCAGGAGACAAACCUGUGAAUUUGUCAUAAAAGGUUUUCUAGAAAUUCUGAUAAGCCAUAUGAAUGUGGUGUUUGUCUGAAAAGAUUUUCAAAUAGUUCUUAUUUAAGAACACAUAAAAAGGUUUAUUCAGGAGAUAAACCACAUUAAUGUGAUGUUAAAUAAAAUGUUUUCUCAAUAUUCUAAUUUAAAAACACAUAAUAAGAUUCAUUCAGGUGAAAGGUCACCUGAAUCAUGAUGAAUGUGAUGUUUGUCAUAAAAGGUUUUCUCAAAGUUCUAAUUUAAGAACACAUUAAAAAAAUUCAUUCAGAUGAAAGGCCACAUGAUGAAUCUGAUGUUUGUCCUAUAAAGUUUGCUUGUAAGUGUGAUUUAUUAACUGAUAAUUUUUUUCAUUUGGGAAAAAAUCCAUAUGAAUUUGAUGUUAAUCCUAAAUGAUUUACUCAGAAUAGUUUAAAUACACAUAAAAAACUUUUUUUGGCCAUAAAUGGUUUUCUCAACGUUUUUAAUUAAGUGCACAUGAAAACGUUCAUUUAUGAGACAAGCUAUAUGAAAGUGGUAUUUCUCAUAAAAGAUUUUCUAAGUUGUAGUCUAAAUGAUGUUUUUCACAAACGAUUUUCUCAAAUUUAAAUACUCUAAAAAAUAUGUAAGACAGGAAUGUGAUGUUGGUAAGGAAAUAUUUUCUUUUAAAUUUACUUUAUAUAGUCAAAGAAAUUCAUCAUGACUUAAAACCAAUUUAAAGUCAUUUUUUUAUUAUUAUUAUUAUUAAAUUUCUUAUAAUUUUUCUCUGCACAUAACUUCUAAUAGUGAGCCAUAGUUAAUAAAUAUUUGUGUUAUAAAAAGGUUCUUUUGUCAAAGAGUAUACCUCGUCCAUUAUUAUACAUACUCUAAAAAGAAAUUGAACUCUGACUGUAAAAGGAAAUAGCAUCCUAUUGUCAGUUUCAUGUGUACAUUUUUUUCUUUACGUAUCCUACUUCUUUUUGUGUUAUUUGUAAAUAUGUAUGAUAGGAAAAGUAAGCUAUCACUUUCGAGACCCAGGUUUUUUUUUUAUACCCGCAUGGUUUUGUUCAGGCCACACAGUUAAUUUGCCUAUUGUUUUCAAAUUUUAUAAAAUUGACAAUGCACUUUUAUUUGGACAAGGGAGUUUACCAAUUCUGAUCUAACCAAUUACACAUUAACAAUAACAGAAGCUAACUAAAAUAAACAGGCUGUUCAAGUUCAAUGUAUUAUUUACAUGUACUAGAUGUUUACAAUAUAUGUAGGCCCUACUGUUAAACAAUUCUCUUUUACACUUCUCACAAACAGCUCAGUCAGACAUACAGCAACAUGACAGAAUAUCAGGUUGAGAGGUAAAACAACCUCCAUUAGACAAUUACAAUGACAUCAGGCCGGCAGUUACAGUGGCAUCUGGCCAAC